AAGUGUCCAUCAACAGAUGAAUGGAUAAAGAAGACGUGGUACACACACGUAAGCGCUAGCAGCACAAAUCAGUGUAAAGUUUUUCUACGGGGAGCCAAGGUGGGGGUGUCCCGACCACCUGAAGCUAGUCCACGGACUCCCAGAGUUUCGAGGUUGGGUAGCCACCCUCCCCCGCAGGGCGGUAUCACUAAUCCACCCAACACAAAGUGCACUGGAAGACACCUGCAAGCAGAACGAAUCCUUCAGAGUGGCUACACCUUCAGUAUAGAUUUCAGGUGACCUGACCCUACGGAAAGCUUGGAGAAAACACGGAGAAGCGGAUUUUGCCCGCGGAUCGGGAGUCAGACCUGGGCGAAGUAGCUGUUUUGCGCCUGCGCCGAACUUCCCGCAUGCUCAGUAGCUGAGGUUGGCCGGUCAGCAAGCGCUGCUGACCUAUCCAAGGAGUGUAAGCGCUGAACUGCUCGCAGUGGGGACCUGUGGCUUGAUAACACUGUUUUUGGUUAUUCCUGAAGUGUCUUUCGUCUGACUUGAUCCCAGUCUCGUCACCGAACGCAGUCAAAAGACAAAGCCUAAAAGUUUUCUUGACAAGAAAAUACCACGGACUUGGCAAACAGAAGAGGAAGUGAUUUAGUCAUAUAUGAAGCCUUGCAAGCUGGGAGGAUUGCUUCACUGGCUCAAAGGGCCCAGCAUGGCUUGCGGUCACACUGUGUUGAUGCGGUUGGUGGCCUCAGCGUAUGCUGUGGCCCAGAAGGCCGGGAUGAUCGUCAGGCGAGUUAUUGCCGAAGGAGACCUGGGUAUCGUGGAGAAGACCUGUGCGACGGACCUGCAGACCAAGGCCGACCGAUUAGUUCAGAUGAGCAUAUGUUCUUCCCUGGCACGGAAGUUCCCCAAACUGACAAUUAUAGGGGAAGAGGAUCUGCCUGCUGAAGAAGUGGAUCAGGAGCUGAUUGAAGAUGGCCAGUGGGAGGAGAUCCUGAAGCAGCCCUGCCCGUCUCAGUACAGCGCCAUCAAAGAGGAGGAUCUUGUCGUCUGGGUUGAUCCACUGGAUGGUACCAAAGAAUAUACUGAAGGUCUUCUUGACAAUGUAACGGUUCUUAUUGGAAUUGCUUAUGAAGGAAAAGCCAUAGCAGGAGUUAUUAACCAGCCAUAUUACAACUACCAGAACAAUGAAAAUCAGAAGUUAAGGGAACCCAAGAAUGAAGCAAAGGCAGGACCAGAUGCUGUGUUGGGGAGAACCAUCUGGGGAGUUUUAGGUUUAGGUGCCUUUGGGUUCCAGCUGAAAGAAGUGCCUGCCGGGAAACACAUUAUCACAACCACCCGGUCCCACAGCAACCAGCUGGUUAUGGACUGUGUGACUGCUAUGAAUCCUGAUGAUGUGCUUCGAGUGGGAGGAGCAGGAAAUAAGAUUAUCCAGCUGAUUGAAGGCAAAGCCUCUGCUUACGUAUUUGCAAGUCCUGGAUGCAAGAAGUGGGAUACCUGUGCUCCCGAAGUUAUUUUACAUGCCGUGGGAGGCAAGUUAACCGACAUCCAUGGAAAUGCCCUUCAGUAUAACAAGGAAGUGAAGCACAUGAACUCGGCGGGAGUCCUGGCCACGCUGAGGAAUUACGACUACUAUGCAAGUCGAGUUCCCCAGUCUGUCAAAAAUGCACUUGUGCCUUGAAGGGAAAUCAAGGACUUGCAUCUCAAGAGAGCGUAUUUUACAACUAAUUGAAUGACACCAGAGCUCCACUCCCCGUUGAUGACUGUUCUAUCCAAUUACUUAGGAGUAGAAAGAGAAUUUUAAAAUGUCUUAAUUAAUUAAUCAUCCAGACCAAUUUUGAUAUCGGGAAAAUGUAUAAAGUUAGAAUAUGUCACAUUUCUUUCUCUCCAUUUAUUUGGAGAAAUGAAAGAAAAGUUUAGCUCCAACUGGCUAGCCCAGUCAGUUGCCCAAUCUACAUUCCUGUUUUGUAAACAAGAUUUCUGUAGCACAAGUUGUCACCUGAAUCAUCUCCUCGUUUUUCACAGUAAAGUAAGACAUUUUCCUACUCUCAUUCUGAGUACAUUAAAAUGUUAUUAUAUAUGUUGAUGAAACAUUUUGGAGAAAAGUUUCUUUAUAAUAAAUUAUUUAAUUCUG